GGCACCAGGGUGGCUGAGGUAGCUGCUGUGCUCCUUGCCAAGUUGGGGGCACUGCCUCGAAAACACACGAGUGCGGGGAGAUCGCUCGACAACUUUUCGGCACUGCUUGCAGUGUGUUGACCUAGAUAAAACUUAGAAAAAGCUGGGCAACAAACCCAAGCACAAAACCUGGCUCAGAGCUUGGGUGUUUACGGGCAGCAGACAAGCUAGCUUUUAUUUUUUUUUUUCUGGACAAAAUAGAUUCCCUAAACAAGCAGGGAUCAGGAAAGGGGGCUAUGAUGUGGCCAAACUUUUUCCUUCAGGACCGGGAGCAGCGCAUAGCCAUGCGCAGGAGGGGAGAGACUUCACGGCAGAAACUUCUGGCGGAUGAGCAGGAAGGCAAGAUCAAGCUGGCAUUCUUUGUGGCCAUUGUGGGGAUGACCCUGACAGUGCUGGCGGUGGGCACAGAAUUCUGGGUGGAACUCAACACCUACAAGCAGAACCAUUCCGCCAUCUGCGAGGCCGCCCACUUCGGCUUGUGGAAAUUCUGCUACAAGAAACUCUGGGUCUACGAUGUGGGAGAAGAGAGAGACACCUGCGGGCCUGCGGAGUUACCUGGUGAAGCUAACUGUUCUUAUUUCAAAUUCUUCACCACUGGGGAGAAUGCCAACAUCUUCCUAAGGACUACAAAAAAGGAACUGAGCAUCACGGCAGCCGUUGUGUCCCUCCUCAGCAUCACCUUGAUGGCCAUGGGAUCCCUCUGCAUCACAAUGGCCCUGAGCAAAGGAGUUGAGUUCCUCCUGAAGCCAGCAUCGUGCUUCUUUAUAAUAUCAGGACUGAUGGUGUUGGUGAGUUUGGAGAUUUUCCGACAAUCAGUCCGGUGCCUUAUCACCUCCAAUGAGACCAUCCCACUGGAAUAUGAGUAUUCCUGGUCCGUGGCUUGUGCAGUGUCUGCAGGAGUAAUUCUGAUCUUUGGGGGAACCUGCUUCAUCCUAUUGUCUAUCCCAGGUUUGCCCAAAAAGCCUUGGGAAUAUUGCAUCAGAAAGAGAAGCACCAGUGAACAUACUUCCUAAAAACCUUCAGAGGAAAAAUUAAAGUCUCUCUUUCUCUCACGCUACAACCUUUACAGACAGAGGCGGAAAGAAUCAACCUUCCCCAUUCUACCUCCCACCCUAUUUUUCCAGCUUCUGGACACCCUUUUCUUCCUUGUUUUGUGACUUGUAAAUAGAACCAGUUGUGCUUGUCUUGUUUGAAUUUGGGGUGGGGGAGCCAGAGGGGACUGUGAGAAAAGAGCUUUGUUGAUGAAUGAGAGACAGCUGUGUUAGUGAACUGAGACACUAACAAAUUGAGGGAAGAUAAAGGGCUGUAUUUAAAAUCCAGUUUUUACAAAUAGUUAUUUUUGACUCAACAAGAGGACUUGUGUCUUGAAAGUCUUUUAAAUUCACCCCGAGGUCAGACAACAAAAUCUCAUUUCAAUUUCCUACUUUAGCCAAGUUCUACCCAGAACAAAAAUUACAAUUCUUCUGUUAGAAAAUUAAAAGAGCAUAAAAAGAACAAAAGAAUCUUGCAAUUUGGUUUACCUGUUUGAUUUUUUUUCUUUUUUUACAUACCCUUCAAAUUCACCCAGAUUCACAUCGAAGUUACCAACUUAACUUCCCAAACCUGAAUUCCUAACCUAUCAUUUGGGGAACCUGAAAAUGAUCCAUAGGACCUGAAUACCUUUUGUUCAGAUGAAUUUCCAUCCAACAUCUUGCUAGUUAACUAGCCAAGAUUUACAACAGUGAGAGCAAUGGAGAGGCAGAAUUUUCAAAACUCAAUUUUUCUCCCUCCCCGCAUUAAGUGUCAUCAUUAAAAAAAAAUAGCUCUUGCAACUUUUCCAAUGAAUAAUACUUCUAAGAGCUCAGUCCAGCUGAUAAGCUGAUAUGAAUUGCAGCUUUCCGCUCAGAGAAGGCCCACGCAGACAAUUUAGGCAAGGAAACCACUUAGAGAAGGAACGUUCUUGAUUUAAGAGUAAUUUCUGAAGGGAAGUGGAGAGAAAGUUACAAGCAACUACAGGUCUACACCAUGAGUUUAUAUGUUGAUGCCUAACCAGCAUCCUUUGUCUGCUUUAGAAAUCAUAGCCACUCUCAAGUGACAAGGGUUAUUUUCUUGGUUUGAAACAAUUGUUUUCCACUGUCUCUUGAAUUCCAAUAUGUGAGACUGGAUAUAUGAUGAUGGUUUAAAGCAAUUGAAGGCAGUCAUGUGAACAUAGGGAAUUCUGGGAGCUGAAAUCCGCAUAGCUGCUGAAAUUGAGAAACACUGUUUCUCAUGACUAGGGAAUAGAAAUGAACCACUAAGAAACCUACAUUGGACUUUGCUAUUUUGUGCUGAUUUUCCUCAAAAUCCACGUAUGGCCUUGGAUUGACAGGGAUUAAUGCAUCAAUGAGUCUUGGAAAGGACUGCAAGCCAAUUUGCUUUGAUUAAGGAAGGCAGAGUUUUUCAACCAUACUGGCUAGGCUAGGGGAUUCUGAGAGUUGAAGUCCAGCCAUCUUAAAGUUGCCAAGAUUGAGAAACAUUGAUAUAAGAAAUAAAAAGCAUGGGUGAUAUUUCUCUUCACUGCCUCAAUUUGUUCCGAAGAUAACCUCUGUUUCUAUGGAGACAGGAAGGACCAUUCUCAUUUCUUUUACCAGAGUCAAAGUUGGCUGCUUUGCUUUGCUGUAUUUGGGGAAUGAGGGAGAAGGGUGGCAAAAUUAUUUUUUGGAUGGAGGAGAUCGUGCCGUUUGUUUUCCUGUUCUGUUUUUUGCAAAACUAAAUAAAUGUUUGAAGUACA